CCUCCCUGAUAGAAUAUGUAUGAUCCUGCGUGAGGCCUCCCCUGCCUGAGAGCAGGGAGGCAUCCCAAGGAUUGUCAGGGAGCUUUCGCCCAGACCCACUCUCCUGAGGUUGGGGUAUGAGACAGUCGUCAGGCAGUGUUCGGGACACCACGUGGGUGAGCUUCUCAAGGGCCAUCACUUUUAGUGCUAGCGCCACUCCGUCCACUCGGAACCAGCGUACGGCCACUGCCCCCUGUCUCCAGCUGGCUGGCUCCCCCUUCUCAGCAGCGUGGAAGCCCCAGCGGAAUUCAGACCCGGAAGGAGCGCAGGUCUCGCGCAGGAGGCAGAGAGGGGAGCGGAGGCUAGCGUGUAAGUGCCCAUAGUCACCCUGUGGGAACUCAGCAACGCAGUCCGUUGCUCCCGCCGCUCUCGGCCACCACUCUUCAGGGCCCCGCACCCGGCAGAGUACACAGCCUCCUCCGGGUCCCCGCUGGGCGCUGUGCACCUGGGGGCGGGGCUGAGCCAGGCUGAGCUCUGCGGGGGAACCCUGGGCAACAGGAGUGCCCAGCGCCAAGCGGCUGGCUCCAGCAGAGCCUGGCGCUCUCUGCCCCUUUCACCAUUCACUGUAUGCCAUUUAUCCAGCAAAUAAUUCUGAACCGAUACCUUUAAAAAGCUUUCCACUUCGUGCGUCUUCCCUGCAUCCUUUUUAGUUACGAAUUUGCGGUGGGCAAGGGGAGGGAGAAGAACGCGUUCUGAUUGGAAAACACCGAGAGACCAGACCAUCUCUUUCAGCAGCAAGGAAAAGAAGCCAUCGCAGGAUCCACACAUUAUCUACAACUCUCUUUUGCUUUUUGUGCAAAUUCCUAACUGUGCCUGACGUCCAACCAAGCAGGCAGGCAUGGGCUGUUUGGGCAAUAGCAAGACAACAGAAGACCAGGGCGUCGAUGAAAAAGAAAGACGCGAGGCCAACAAAAAGAUCGAGAAGCAGUUGCAGAAAGAGCGCCUGGCUUACAAAGCGACUCACCGCCUGCUGCUACUGGGGGCUGGUGAGUCUGGGAAAAGCACUAUCGUCAAACAAAUGAGGAUCCUGCACGUCAAUGGAUUUAAUCCUGAGGAAAAGAAGCAAAAAAUUCUGGACAUUCGGAAAAAUGUUAAAGAUGCUAUUGUGACAAUUGUUUCAGCGAUGAGUACUAUAAUACCUCCAGUUCCACUGGCCAACCCAGAAAACCAAUUUCGAUCAGAUUAUAUCAAGAGUAUAGCCCCUAUCACUGACUUUGAAUAUUCCCAGGAAUUCUUUGAUCAUGUGAAGAAACUUUGGGAUGAUGAAGGUGUGAAAGCAUGCUUUGAGAGGUCAAAUGAAUACCAGCUGAUCGACUGCGCACAAUACUUCCUGGAAAGAAUCGACAGUGUCAGCUUGGUGGACUACACCCCCACAGACCAGGACCUUCUCAGAUGCAGAGUUCUGACAUCAGGGAUUUUUGAGACACGAUUCCAAGUGGACAAAGUAAACUUUCACAUGUUUGAUGUUGGUGGCCAGAGGGAUGAGAGAAGAAAAUGGAUCCAGUGCUUUAAUGAUGUCACCGCUAUCAUUUAUGUGGCGGCCUGCAGUAGCUACAACAUGGUGAUUCGGGAAGAUAACAACACCAACAGGCUGAGAGAGUCCCUGGACCUUUUUGAAAGCAUCUGGAACAACAGGUGGCUAAGGACCAUCUCUAUAAUCUUGUUCUUGAACAAACAAGAUAUGCUGGCAGAAAAAGUCUUGGCAGGGAAAUCAAAAAUUGAAGAUUAUUUCCCAGAGUAUGCAAAUUAUACUGUUCCUGAAGAUGCAACACCAGAUGCAGGAGAAGAUCCCAAAGUUACAAGAGCCAAGUUCUUUAUAAGGGAUCUGUUCUUGAGGAUCAGCACUGCGACAGGGGAUGGCAAACACUACUGCUACCCGCACUUCACCUGCGCCGUGGACACGGAGAACAUCCGCAGGGUGUUCAAUGACUGCCGAGACAUCAUCCAGAGGAUGCACCUCAAGCAGUACGAACUCUUAUGAGGCGUCUAGGGCAGUGGGCAUACCUUCUGGCGCCAUCUCUCCGCCUGCUCUCCUUUCUCUGCUACCGCACCAGGCAGAGCAGUUAUUUCCAAACUACCUGUCAGCCCCAAGCCAUGGUAGAAAGUAGUGAGUUCCCACUGUCAUCCGUGCUGCCGUCUGUCCUGCUCUGUGUCCUCUCCAUGUGUGACACCAAGCCUCUGGCUACCUCUUUCCCCUCAGGUUUGGUUUAUAGCUUUUGUUCUCAUUGAACUUGGCCUUCCCUAGCCUCCCCACCCUCACCCAUUUGUCAUUGAAAACCAUCUACUCUCACUUGGGUGACACUACAGUGAAAUUUCUCUGGGUGGGGGCCCCUGUUAUUCAUUUAUUCAGUGAUUUGUUGAUUAAUUCAAAACUUGAUAGAUGGCGGAGAAGCACACUUUUCCCAAGUUACGUGACAUGAUUGUAGAGUCACUUGUGUAAUGCAGUGAGCCAGGCUUUCCAAUUCUAGCUUUAAGCUGCAAAUGGACAAGAGGCCACCUCCUCUGAUCUGCAUUAGCCCAAGAUUUAGAGUAGGCCCCAAGUCACAGAAUGGUAAGAAAAGCUUUUUUUUUUCAGUAAUAUUUUGAGUAUCUGCUAGCCUCAGGCAUUUAAUUACAGCUACUUUGAGCCUUUUAUAUUUAGGCAGAAAACCUACCACAUUUACUACUACAAAGGGUAUCCUGUCUAAAAAUGAUUCUCUAGAUUUUCACAAUGCUUGGGCAACAGUCUCCUUUCAUAUAUUCUUUUUGUUGUUAUUUUAUUGCCAGUUUAUUAUAAUGUACAGACCACAGAAUUUAAUAUUAUUUUGUAUAAGUCCUGAAGAAAAAUCCUUGGAGAUCUUUGGGCCUUGAUUAUGGCCAUACCUAUAAAAGAAAUGUGUUUUUAUUGUGCUAACAGCUAAAUGGCAGCAUAACCCACCGCUUGCUCAAAGAAAGGGAAUAAAUAGUAUCUGUAGAAUUUCGGACAUUUUACCAGGAUACUGAAAAAUACUCCUUGAUUUUAAAAAAUUAUAUGUAUGUAUUAUAUUAUACACAUAACUCUUCCACAUCUUAUAAUUAAUGCUGUACUAACAUCACAAGCUUCUUCCAAGGAACCAAGGAUGUUUUUUCUCUCCAGACAAAAUGUUUAUUGAUUAUUUUACUAUUUAAAGACUUUUACAAGUUCCCUCAGUGGGAAUAGGUCAACUAUUCCCACUGUCAAAGCUUUUGAACCAUUCAUUUGACCAUAGGUUCCAUCAUAAGUAAAAAGGAAGAAAAAGACAAAAGGGUGUCAAUAUUUGCGUCUACUUAGGAGAAUCAAAGGAUGACAUUUUUAUUUGCCUUUUGAAGAAGAAACAUUACAAAACUUUUAUUUGAAAUAUGAAGUCAAAAUAUAUGAAGAUUUACAAAGGCAGCCUCAAAAGUUAUGGCACUCUAGAAAGCAAGAGUCACUGUAGCAGGGAUGUUUUAUACUCUCUCCACAGCCACAGCUUUGAGGGCAGUUCUCUUAGGUCAAAGCUAAUCUGUGAUGAUGUCCGAGUUACAGUUCAACAGUACAGAGCCAGAGAAGUCACGGCCUGGCCUACAUUACUUCAGUAAUUUCUUUCUAGUCUUCUAGUCUUCGUUAAGUAUUUUCAAGUUUAUAAUGUAAUUAGCAUUUUUAGAACCCUUUAUAAACCUAUCCAUUUUUAAAUACUACCAACUUUAACAUGAAAGGAUGGCAACUUUAUAGACAAUCAAGGCAACAAACACAUAUUUUAUUAUCACCAAAUCCCUGCCCCUUUCAUUAACUUUUUGACAAAACUCUCAGUUGAACUGAGACAUAUAAAGCAGAACUUAUUUUCAGUUUUCAUUGCACUUUCAAAAUAAAAACAUAAAGGAAAACCUGAACAGAUAUACCCCCACAUAUACACACAAAAUGAAACAGUAUAUUGUUACAUGCAUUAUUUCUCAAUAACUCCCCAGUAACUAAACUUUCUAUUUAAAAGUUUGACUGAAAAUAGGACUAGUCUCUUAGAAAAAAUACAAAAAGAAUACAUUCUAUGUGGCUUAAAAUUGUCAAGAUAUUUAUUUUUAAAUACCAAAGCCACUUCCUUGUCAAUUUUUCACAUUUAUUUUGAUCAAUGACAGGCAUUAAAUUCAGAUUUAACAACUCAGUCGGCUGGAAAGAACAUUACACUUAUCUAAAAAUUUGAUUCUAUUAAUUUAGCACAGAAGUACAAAAGUCUGUGUAAACAAUAUAUUCCUGCUUGUAGCAUCUGUACAUUUAUUUUUGGUGUACAGCCUUAUAAUAUAUAGGACUUUGAAAACAGCUUUUUAGGAGGACAGAAGCAAACCCAGUGCUUGGUUUGUAUACAACUAAUUCCAAGUGAGCUCCAAGGCUACUGGCUCCACCUUGGGGACGGAAGGAUUGUCUAGUGCAUGCAUAUGAUGACAUUAAUAGCAUUUACAUAUUGUACAGAUACCAUCUUUGAUUAUACAUAUAUUUGAUAAAAUGAGAAAACACAAUUGUCAUCGAAUACAUGUUCCAUUUUUAUAGCAUGAAAACAGUAGAAUCAACUAUUUACUCUGCAGUAAUUUGCACCAACGAUUUAGAAUUUUAUGAUGUGCAUAAAGAGUCUAUUUUAGUCUCAUCUCACAUGAGCACUGCCUGAUGUUCAGUUUCUUUGGCUCUGAUAUUUAUUACUAAAUGCAAAAAGUCUCCUGCUCUUCACACUGUCUUAAAUUUUCUGAGCAGCUUACAACCAAGAAGAAAAGGUGAGGCUAGAAGUCCAAGGUCAACUAACAUAAUGACCACAAGGAACCCAGCUGCCCCACAGUAUGUGAUCAGAACCGUGUCCUCCUGGGGAAGGUAGCACUUGGCCAGGGCAUACUUUGUGGGCGUCAUGCUGCCCUGGAAAGAAAACAAGAAUGUUAUGCUGCGGUAAGAACUCCACAUACAGCUCAACACAUCAAUCUGACUUAGAAACAACGGAGGAAAGGCAGCUUUCCUGGCUUACUUAGGUGAGGCAUGGAAGUAGCUCUCCUCACCAGGAACUUAAGGAGUUCCUACCCAAGCAGUGGUGAGAGGGGAAUCAGGGGUUCCUCUAAAGUAUAAUGGGCAUAACUGAAAGCUACUCAGAGAGGCAUGGAGAUUUAGAGCAACGGUCAUCGAGAAACAGGAGUACAAGGCUAUUUUUCAUGCCACUUGAUGGUAAAAUAAGCAAUGUGUCACCUAGAUAUACAUGUCCUAGAGGUAUCUGAAUGGCUUUUUUUUUUUUGGUAGACAUUUUUUGCUGUGGGGAAUGUUGUCAUUUACUACUUUGAAUUUAACAACAUGAGGUUUUUCCCAUCUUUUUAUGAAGUAGAAGUACCCGACACAAAAGCAUUAUGAACUGGAUGCUUCAACCCAAGGGCAAAAGAAAGGAGCUGAAACAUCAGGCAAUCACUAAUUGAAACAACAUCCUUAAACAGCUUGUAAGAGCUGUAGCAUACUUCUGCCAGAGUACAUGGGUACAUUUGGACAACAAGACAAGAUGGCUAAGUACACCCAAUGAAGCAAUGAUCCAGUUUCCUUACAUAAACACAGAGAGUCUAAUAUCAGAGGACAUCACCAUCCCUGAAGGAUAAACUACUCUAUAAGCCGCUCCUCCCUCAUCCCUCUGGAAUAAUGCCAGGAAGGUGUUCAGACAGGGGGCAGUAUAACAAACUAAGUGUGCGUGUGGAGAGGGGGAAGUAUAUUUACAGCUUUUGUAUAUUUUUACAGAUUACAGCAAUUAAUAGUUGAUUACUGUGUUGAUUUAAAUAGUUAUGAAAGCUUUGAGACGAAAAUAAAUGUUCACAUUA